CUACACAUAAUAAAACACACGCAGAUAAACACACAUACCGACUCAAUAAGCAAUGAAUGAGAGAGAGGCCUUCCUGCACUUAAAUUUAAUUGCAAUAUUUACUCCAAAUUUCCUUUUUCUGCAACCAUCUUGGGAUUUUUUCCCCCCACAAUUAAUACAUUUCCUGUCCCUCAAUUUACACUCUCUCUCGUCUUCUACCAUUCCCCGCCUUCAAUUCUCUCAAUUCAAUUCUCCUAUUCACUACACAUCUUCUCUCCUUUCCACCUCUUCCCCAUAAUUUAAUUUGAACUUUAAAGCAAUCUCCUCUCUCCUCUUCCCUAUUCUUCUUGUAUAUAUAAUGGCCUUACAUCUCCAUUACCAACAACAACAACAACAACAACCACCCCUGCUCUUCCUGUAUUCACACUUCAAGCAGCCGGUGGUGCAGCCAAAAGCUGGUUGAGCGCCUUGGCCAUGCUCUAAGCUGAAAUUCCGGCAGCCCUUCCUUCCAUCUCGAUCUCUCAUAAAGUAACAAAACCCUUUUCCAAAUUCUACAACACCCUUUCUGGCUUUCUCCUCCUCCUCUGCCUUUUAGGUUGACUAACUGUUAAUCAAUCUAAAAGAGAGAAAAAAGAUAAUUAACGGAAGAGAGCGAGAUCCCUGAAAGAACGAGGCAUCAUCAUCAUCAUGAGUCGCAGGAAUGGAAAAGCUCCUAAACUUGAUUUGAAGCUGAAUUUGUCGCCGCCAAGAGGGAACCUCCGGCUUCAGUCGCCGAGCCGAUCAUCGACGGUGUCGCCGACAUCUCCGCCCAGUUCUUGCGUCUCCUCCGAGCUCAACCAGGACCAAGACACCUAUACCUUCUCCAACAGCCCUGAUUCAACAGCAAUGAUAGUGGCGGGCUGCCCCCGCUGCCUGAUGUACAUCAUGCUUCCGGAGAAGGAUCCCAGAUGCCCCAAAUGCAAGAGCACGGUUCUGCUAGAAGUGUUCAAUGAGAGCACCAAAACUGGCGGUGCCCCCAAGCCCACCUCAACCACAACCACCUAGAUGAGAAGUGGUAGACUUCUGCCUCAUAUUACUAGGAAUUGUUACCUUAUCUUGUCCGCCUUGGCUCUACCCUUUGUUUUUUUU